CAAAAUACCCUUAUCCCCCUCUACGCACUACUUCUAGUUUGUAUUUAUUUUUAUUUUUUUUAAUCAUAAACCUCACAUUUAUCCCAUCUGUCAACGUUAGACAGUGUGGAAGCCGGAAGUGAUAUUGUAAUGACGAGACAAGUGGGAGUGAACGAAAUUGUAACGCCAAACACUUCUGAACGGAGAACAGACACAUUGGAUCCAAGAUGACAGACUCAAAGUACUUCACUACCACCAAAAAAGGUGAAAUCUUUGAGCUGAAAGCAGAGCUCAAUAGUGAUAAGAAGGAAAAGAAGAAAGAGGCGGUGAAAAAGGUCAUCGCGUCGAUGACCGUGGGAAAAGAUGUCAGUGCCCUGUUUCCAGAUGUGGUGAACUGCAUGCAAACUGACAAUCUUGAACUGAAGAAAUUAGUUUACCUGUACCUGAUGAACUAUGCCAAGAGCCAGCCGGAUAUGGCCAUCAUGGCAGUCAACACGUUUGUGAAGGAUUGUGAAGACCCCAACCCCCUGAUCCGUGCUUUGGCAGUGCGCACCAUGGGAUGCAUCCGUGUGGAUAAGAUCACAGAGUACCUGUGUGAGCCCCUGAGGAAGUGCUUGAAGGACGAGGAUCCGUACGUGAGGAAGACGGCCGCUGUGUGUGUGGCCAAACUUCAUGACAUAAACGCUCAGCUGGUGGAAGACCAAGGGUUUCUGGACACUCUGAAGGACCUCAUCUCUGACUCCAACCCCAUGGUGGUGGCCAAUGCUGUAGCAGCCCUGUCUGAGAUCGCAGAGUCCCACCCGAACAGCAACCUGCUAGACCUCAAUCCCCAGUCUAUCAACAAGCUGUUGACCGCUCUGAAUGAGUGCACUGAAUGGGGGCAGAUCUUUAUCCUGGAUUGCCUUGCAAACUACUCACCCAGAGAUGACCGUGAGUCUCAGAGCAUCUGCGAGCGUGUGACCCCCCGCCUGUCUCACGCCAACUCUGCGGUGGUGUUGUCGGCCGUGAAGGUGCUGAUGAAGUUCAUGGAGAUGCUGCCCAAGGACCUGGACUACUACGGCACACUGCUGAAGAAGCUGGCUCCGCCACUGGUCACUCUGCUGUCGGCCGAACCUGAGCUCCAGUAUGUGGCCUUGCGCAACAUCAACCUCAUCGUGCAGAAACGCCCUGAGAUUCUCAAGCAUGAGAUGAAAGUGUUUUUUGUCAAAUACAAUGACCCAAUCUAUGUCAAACUGGAGAAACUGGAUAUCAUGAUCAGGCUGGCCUCCCAGGCCAACAUUGCCCAGGUGAUCUACUCAAACAAUCUCUACCAAACAUAUACAGUAUAACAAUGAAAACUAUCA